UUCUGUGCCAAUGACCCUGAAGUGUUUGUCCAAGCCGCACUGUUGGCUCAGGAUUAUUGUGAUGCCAUAGACCUAAAUUUGGGUUGCCCCCAAAUGAUUGCGAAGAGAGGUCACUACGGAGCAUUUCUGCAAGAGGAGUGGGAUCUUCUUCAGAGAAUGAUUUUACUGGCUAACGAGAAGCUCUCUGUUCCCAUCACAUGCAAAAUCCGCGUUUUCCCAGAAAUUGACAAGACAGUGAAGUAUGCACAGAUGCUGGAGAAAGCUGGCUGCCAGCUGCUGACUGUGCACGGCCGUACUAAAGAACAGAAAGGACCGCUUGCUGGCGUGGCAUCUUGGGAGCACAUUCAAGCUGUCAGAAAAGCUGUAAGCAUUCCUGUAUUUGCAAAUGGAAACAUCCAGUGUCUCAGUGACGUGGAAGAAUGUAUCCGUAAGACAGGAGUGCAUGGUGUCAUGAGUGCAGAAGGUAAUCUUCAUAAUCCAGCUUUGUUUGAGGGCCGAAACCCAUUGGUGUGGGAGAUGGCUGAGGAGUACCUGGAGAUAGUACAGAAGUACCCUUGUCCAUUGUCUUAUGUUAGGGCUCAUCUCUUCAAGCUCUGGCAUCACACGCUUCAAGUUUACCAGCAGCUGCGUGAAGAAUUAGCAAAAGUGAAGACUCUAGAGGGCAUUGUAGAUGUCAACAGGGAGCUGAAACUACGAUGCCAGGAAGAAAUAGCUAAUCAGAAAGAAGGAGAAAAGCCAAAAGAAGGGUUGCCUUUUUUCCACUGGAUCUGUCAGCCAUACAUCAGGCCAGGGCCAAAGGAGAGAUGCAAGGAGAAUGGAGCCAGUGGGACUGAAAAAGGUGUGCGAGGGAAACGUGCUCUGGAAGAGGAGGAAGAUGGAAAUUCUGAGCUUCUGUCAAAGAAUAAGCAAAAAAAGAAGUUAAGAAAUCCAAAUAAAAGCUUUGAUCCAUCUUUAAAACCCAAAUACGCAAAAUGCGAUCAAUGUGGAAACCCUAAGGGCAAUAAAUGUGUAUUUAACAUGUGCCGAGGAUGCUGUAAGAAAAGAGCAUUCAAAGAGACAGCAGACUGUCCAGGUCAUGGAUUACUUUUUAAGACCAAAUAUGAAAAAUCCCUUUCAUGGCAGAGUAGUCAAAGAGCAAUUCAAAACCCUGAGAUCAGUCGGAGAGGAGAUGCAGAUGUGGGGGAGACUGCUGUACUGAAGGAGGCUGGUGACACUGCAGUGUGAAACUUUGGAAAUGAAUAGUUAAAGACCUCCAGCCAGGCCUGUGCUUCCCUGGGCCAAAGAAAAUGCCAUCUCCAGCUCACCGUCAGCUGUGUGAACUUAUUCCACAGGUUUAUUUUACGUUCUGGAAAAGU